AUGGAGAAACACAUCCCCAAAUCCUGCUGGGCACUAGCCCUACUUGCAGUGAUAUUUCUGACGUGGCCCCAGUCCCAUGUCCUGACGCAGACACAGACGGAAACGCCCCUAACCUGGGACCAGAUCGACCCAUCCCCAACACUAAAGUACCACAACUGCGGCGAUGAAUUUCAAUGUGCCCGUCUCAAAGUCCCAAUGGACUAUAACCGGACAAAAGGGGGCCGCACCUUUGCCCUCGCUGUCGUGCGUUUACCCGCCAAAGUCCCCGUCACAGAUCCCCGGUACGGAGGGGCUGUAUUAAUUAAUCCUGGGGGGCCGGGUGGUCCGGGGACGAUGCAAGCCUUUGUAUCCGGGCGCAAUCUGCAACUGAUAGUUGAUGCGGAUCAUCCCGAGGGGAAGUAUUUUGAUAUUAUAGGUUUUGAUCCUAGGGGUGUGGGAUCCACCACGCCUCCAGUAAUGUGUUUUCCGGACCCGGUGUCCCAGCGGAACUGGGAGUUGCAGGUUUCUGUCGAGGGGAUGUUGGGGAGUGGGGCUGAUGCGCUGUUGCGGAAUUGGCAGCGGACUGAGGCGUUGAAUUCGGGGUGUUCGGUAUUUGAUAUGUCGAGUCCAGGGACGGAUGAGCAGAUGAUGAGCUUUUUGAAUACAAGGCUUGUGGCGGAGGAUGUUGUGACGAUUAUUGAGCGCCAUGGGGAAUGGCGCGACAAGGAAGCGCGGAAGAUCGCGCGAAGUGAUUGUUCUAUGGAGAUGGAGGCUGUUUUGGAGCGUACGAGGUGGCGGCGUGGGGAGGAGAAGCUUCUUUACUGGGGUCGGUCUUAUGGCACGCUGCUAGGCACGACUUUUGCGUCCCUGUACCCUGGUCGAGUGAAGCGGGCUGUUCUCGAUGGAGUCGUUGAUAUGAUCAAGUACUAUCAGGGCGUUGGAACGAAUGCGAUCACCGAUGCAGAUGCCAUUUUUGAGCGUUUUGGUCAGUACUGUCACGAGGCUGGCCCGACCGGAUGUCCCUUCUAUAUAGAUGGCGGCGCAGAUGCUAUCAAAGCCGCUUAUUGGGAGCUGGAGCAGCAGAUUCUCAACGUUUCCAUCCCUGUCAUGGCAUCUGCAAAUCGCGGACCCGAAGUCGUGACCUGGACGGAUAUCAAGGCCAUCCAGCGUGUGGCCAUUUACCAACCCUUGUUAGCGUUCCCUGUGCUAGCCGAUCGGAUGAGCGAGUUGGCCAAAGGGAAUGCAGUCCGGAUGGCUGAUUUUAAGCACGGUAGCCACUUUGGCGCUUGUCCGUCGAACAAGUGUUCCCGUGCUGGACCGUGGUCCCUGGAGUGUGCGACUUCACAGGAUAACAUGCUGUAUGCGAUGUCUGGCAUUAUGUGCUCGGAUGCCGAGUUCAUGACCACCCUCAACAAACGGCAGUUCCAGGCUGGCUGGGAUAGCCUCAAAUCCGACAGUGCUGCCUUGGGUGAUUACUGGGCGCAAUUGCAUCUCAGCUGCGUGGGAUGGAAGGCGAAGGCCAAGUAUCCAUUUACGGGUAUGUGUCUCCCUGGACUGGGAUUCUUUAAACUGACCCAUUCAGGUCCAUGGGGUACUACGACUGCCCAUCCUAUGUUGUUUGUAUCAAAUACGCUUGAUCCAGUCACGCCCUUACACAGGUAUGCAUUCCUCUACGCUAGACUCCGAGGACUGCCAGGGCCAUCGACGCUAAAUAUCUCAGUGCUAAACACAUCCCCAUCGGUCUGUGUAGCCAAGGCCAUUCGUCAUUACUUCCAGACAGGCACUCUUCCAAGUGAAGGUACACUCUGCCAAGCGGACCUGAAGCCUCUUGUUGGUGCUCCCAAUCAAGCUGUAGCUGUCAGUCAAAGCCUCAAUCCGAGCGACCGUAGGUUAUUCGAGGCGUUGAUGGCAGAGGUACGACAAGGGCCUGUGUUCCCUUAG